AGAAGCCGCGCUGUGUGCCUUGAAAGCGGAGGAAAUAAGGAACUCGAGCCCCCUCCCCCCCCACUGCCUCUUGUGUGCGCAGUCGCACGCGCCUCCGUCAUGCUUCCUCUUCUCAGGUAGCGGGGGAGGCCCCCUCCGCGUGCAGGGUAACCGUUGGGCGCGAGAGAGGCGCGCGACAGCCAGCAGCAGCAGCAGCCCCGGUUGCCAUGGCAACCUCCCCAAGGGCAAAAUUGGGAACCAAGCCUGCCUCUGAAGCCAUGAGUACAAAUAGCCAGUGGGAUGUGAACAAAGCACUAACUCUUGCUAGUCUUUUCCAUUUUCUUUAUAGUGCAGGCAAUGCCUGCACAAUUCCAUUUUUAACUUUGUACUUUCGGCAGCUUGGGCUAACUGCACCAUUAGUAGGGAUUGUAAUAGGACUGAAGCACUUAAUCACUUCGCUUUGGGCCCCCUUAUGCUCCUACCUAGCAAAAACCCACAAUAAAAGAAAAGUCCUCAUCAGUGGAUCAUUGCUAUGCUCAGUUGGAGCAGGUUUGCUUCUUACUCUGGUCCCACCAUUGAACAAGGAUGUUGUCUAUAAGUUUUGUAAUAUGAGCCACCAUUCAGGCACACUGUUGACUGCAACCCAGGUGCCUGAUGUAAGUGUGAGCAGCCUAAGUACAGUGAGUACUAGACUGGGUUCUAAUAACAGAGCCCUCUCCAUGGAAACACCUGGAAAGAUCUCAGGAGAUCUGGUGACUAUGGGUAAACCAAGACUUGCAAAUACAUCAAUCAGCAUUUAUUCCUUUACAAAUAUCCCUUCUCUGAUUAACAAUGGAGGCAGUGGUGCCAAUACAGAUACACAGCAAUUCACUGAUGUGCCUUUUGGUGUGAUAUCUGGUACUUCUGAGAAAGAAAUUGCCCUGAUAGAAGAAAUGUUAGAGGCAUCUACUGUGAGUGUGCCUACGAAGCCAAAUAGAAGUCCAAAUACUGACAUCAUGAAUGUAAAAAGGAACCCUGAGGCAAAUGGCUCUUCAAGGGAAAGUAACAACUCCACAUUUCACACAGUCUUGGUACAUCUCACAGAGAAAAACCUGUCAGGGCGCCGGGAAAGAGCUCAGGAUGUGAACUCUCAGUUGCUACAAGGUUCUGCCUUCUUGGACGGUGAGCACCAGGUCUUUCUUAUGGCACUGGGGGCUGUUGUGCUUUGGGAGCUCCUGGCUGCCCCUCUUGGAUGGAUGGUUGAUGACAGCCUCUAUGAGUACCUUGACUUUGUAGAUGCUGCAGACAAAUAUGGAAACCUUUGGAUCUGGAGUUAUUUAGGUGCAUCUGUGGGAGUGUGCAGCAUAGCAGUGCUCGUGGAUCAGCUGAACUGCUUUUUGACCACCAAUAUCCCACGUUUUGCAGUACAUUUUUACGGCUAUGCCUGUUUGACAACUUUAACUUUACUUGUCAGUGUCUUCUUUCCCAUCCAUGUCUCCAAAAAAACUGAACAUGUAAAUAAAACAAUCAAAGCUUUGAACCUAAUUGGAAAUGAUGGCCGAACCAUCCUGUCCGCUGUCACUGUUUUCCUCACAGGGGCCAUUGGAUCAACUGUGCAGAAUUUUCUUUUUUGGCAGAUGCAAGACCAAGGCAGCAACGAGUUAUACAUGGGCCUCUCUCUUGCCAUUGGACUGAUUGCCGAAAUCCUUCUCAGCUUUUUCAAAUGCAAGUUGCUAAGGGCCCUCUCAGGUGGUGGCACAGUGGCUUUGAGCCUGAGCUGUCUUGCAGCACAGCUGCUGUACUAUUCGUUCCUGUGGAGUACCUGGGCAGUGCUGCCAAUCCAGAUCUUCUGUGCCUUCAGCAACGGCGCCUUAUGGUGGGCUGUGAACAUGCUUGCAGAUGACAUUGCCACUCCUGGCACAGAGAGGUCUCUGCAUCUUGUCCUGCAAGGCCUCUCUUGUGGAUGUGGAGCCAGUUUGGGCAGCUUUGCAGGGGGGUUUGUUGUGAACAGCUUUGGCCUAGCAGUGCUCUACAGGGCAUGCUCCAUUACAUUAAUACUCUGGUUGAUCUUGUUCUUGAUUGUCCAGUCCAAGUUACCACGUCAGAAAAAAAUUAAUUAUUCCCGUCUCCUAGCUCAUGACUCUAGUGACAUGAGUGACUCUGAUGAUGAUGAUGACAAGGAAAGAGACUGGCUGGUCAAAGCUAUGAAAGAUGAAAAUUUCAAUAGGAACUGGUGAAGGUCCCCCUUGGCCCAAAAGCAAGACUUUGGAAAAAUAGGAUGAAAAUAUCAGAAAAUGGUGCACAUGAAACCUUUCUACUAACAUUUGGGAUUUUAUGCUGUACAUAUUUGCUCAGGAAGCAAUUAUAAAGAUUUUAUAAAGAUUUUAUUUUCUUAAGAUUAAUUUAUUGUAAAUAAUGAUAGCAAUUUAGCUUUUCUAAAAUUUUAAUUUUCAAGAUUUACAGAAUGGGGACUUGGAACAGAUUCUGAUAUUGAUAAAUUUAUCCAGAUUGACAACAUUUUGUUAUCCUCAGAGUGAUGGUUUACCGUUUUCAUAAUCAUUGAAUUCUUUUUGAGUGCGGGGGCAGGGACCCCUUAUACUUUGGGGAAGUUAACAUAGCACUUGUCUUGUGAGAGUCAUUGAUAAUUGGGUAGGAAAUAAUAUUUUGGUUUUUUUUUGUUUU